CUUGGGCUAAUCUUGUGGGUUUGCUAAAAUGAGGUCUUGUCUCCUGAAGAUUUGCAGGCUGAUUUGCGUGUUUUUGUCUUUCCCCUUGUUCCUCCUGAAGGCGUUGGGUUUGAGCGCGGCGUACAAACGUUGCUUCCCGCGGCUCGUCUACGCCAUGACGGCGAGGUACAACGCCAAAAUGCAUAGUGAAAAGAGGAAGCUCUUCCGGAACGUGUGCAAGUUCGCUGACAACAACGGAAGCCUUCGCUUGCUGGAGAUCGGCUGUGGUAGCGGCGCAAACUUCCAGUUCUACCCGUAUGGAUGCACCGUGCUCUGCGCCGACCCCAACCCGCACUUUGAGACCUACCUGCGGAAGAGCAUGGACGCCAACAAGCACCUGACCUACGAGGCCUUCCUGGUGGUCCACGCAGAGGACAUGCAGGAGGUGCGGGACGAGUCUGUGGACGUGGUGGUGUGCACGUUGGUGCUGUGUUCUGUCCGGGAUGUGAAGACGGUUCUGCAAGAGACUCGACGAGUGCUGAAAACAGGUGGAGCCUUCUUCUUUCUGGAACAUGUGCUGUCAAGUACCUCAACCUGGAUACACUUCCUCCAACACACGCUGGAGCCUUUGUGGUUCUUCUUUGGAGACGGAUGCAACAUUACCAGAGCCACUUGGAAAGAUGUGGAGGCUGCUGGCUUCUCUCAAGUCCACAUUCAACAUCUUGAAGCUCCACUGACUGUCGUCAUACGACCUCAUAUUAUGGGAUAUUGCAUUAAGUGACAGGGUAAACCAAAAAACAUCAGAAAAGCCUAUCCAGUGAAAAUAUAUAUUAUUUACUUACACAAUCAGCAAUAUUUCAUACAUUGCUGCACAACGCCCCACCUUCCAAGAUCAAAUGGUCGCAUGUUCACCUUUUAAAAAAUUUGCCAAAAUUAGUCAUUCAAUUGGCUAACCAUGGCGACCAGACAAGGAAUACACGCGCACACGCAUACAGACAUAAAUCCCUUUGUAGAAAAUGAAGGAAUGAAAUGUAACAUGUCCUUAUUGGGGAAAAAGGGAAAUUGCUGUUGAAGUCAAACUGUGUAAAUGUUAUUGAGAGCUAAAAACAAAAGAACCCAAUAUCAUUUACUUCAAAACACAAGAAAGAAAUAAAACAAAAGCAGGAAAGGACAUUUAGAAAGUGAGACUAAAAGUUCACAAUUCCAAAGCUCCCAGUUUAAAAAUAUACACAACUAUAAAUGUUAUAGCAUUAGUAAAUACAAAACAAUGGGUGGAAAAUGUCCAAAUGGUUUUGUGUUUGGAUAUAUAAAAGGGUACAUAUCUGAUUGCUAUAUGUAAAAAGAUGGAGAAUCUCAACCUGAAGUGUUCCCAGAAACCUGAUCAUAUCCACAGAGCUGACACGGCUCGUCUCUGCACUUCCGCCACGUUAUCCCGUUUUCACGCAAUAAAGUUCCUUUAAGGUUUUCAGCUCUUCGAUCAGGGUUUUGUUUUGGUUCUCGAGCACGGCCACUCGAUUCUCAAGGCAUUUGACGUAUUCCUUUUUCUUCCGUCGACACUCACGGGCUGCUUCCCUGUGACGAGGGAGGAGGACAGUGGUCAGUCCAGCAAGAAAGAUGUGUAUGACUAUAUCCUGUCUAUGAUUAUGUCCCACCUCUUCCUGCUUCACACUCACUAUCCUUGGGAAAGUAAAUACAAUAUAUAACAUAUGCAUAGGGUUACACUUAACAGUGAGACAUUUAUUUACAUACAUUACAUACAUUUUACAUUUUAUGAGAUAAAAAAAAUAAAAUAAUUCAAAUUAAAAAAGCCCAAACGGAAGAAACCCAUGCCAACAAAGUGCCAUUGGUUAAAAAUUCCUUAAAUCGGCCAUUCUCCCAAUGUGGCUGGCCAAAGUCACGCCAAUGUGCAAGCAACAGCUACUUUCAGUUUCUGUUUUGUCCACAACCGCUUACGUCGACAUCAAUAAGCCAGUCCAAGGUUUGUCGACAUCAAAUCUUUGGCAUCUAUUUACCUGUUUUUUGCCAGCCUAAUUUCCCUCUUCAUUGUCGGAUCAUCGGGUUUGCUCUGAGAGAGCCCCAAAGACGAUGCCAUCACCAGAGCUUGAGGCAGCGAGCCUGAUGUUGGUGCUGUGCGGAUUUGGUACGUCUGUACUUCUCCUCCUGCACCUUGGAAAAAUGGAGAUCGUUUGUGUCACAGGAUGAUUGUUCGCCAGAUGCUUCACACAGUAGACUCAUCAAAUAAACCAUUUCCUCACCCUGCACAACCACCUGGUUACUUGGUACCAGUAUCUGCUGGCCGUCGGGGGUCUGAGCAUACUGAAGAAUGGUUGUGCCCUGCUGGCCUCCGGUCGGGUUGGCCAUGGCCACCUGCAGUUCCUGAAUGCCAUCAGGUCCUGGGUUUGUCAGCUGGAUGGUUCCAUUGGGAGUAACGGUAACUAGUGCACACAGAGAUCAGGACAGGGUUUUUCCACAGUCCAGUUAUCUUACAUACGUGUAGGAGAGCAGGUGAGGUACACACUGUACUGGCCGGUGGUGGUCUGGUAGAUGGGUGCGGGUAUAGUCACGCCCGUCACUCCUGAGGUGGUGGAGCUGUCCUUCCCCUCAGUAUGUGAUAUUCCCUCAGAGGAAAGCUCAUUGAGGAUUUUUCUGAAGAGGAAUCAAGAAAAGACGACAACAAUGACGAUGAUGAUGCUCUAUCGCAUGUUGGACGUAUUUGCUUUUCUUACCUGUAUGAUGGUCGUCUGGCCAGCAGCUCUCUGGUUUUCUGCGGUGUAGCACCACUGUCUGAAGAAUCAUGUGAAUCGUCGCUAUCUGAACCCUUGAGCAGAAAAAUGAAGAGUCAUCAAGCAAGGAAUCAUCAGUCACCUGUAGCAACAAUAAAUAACUUCACUUGUCCAUGCUCAUUUGGAUUCAGAAAUACAGUGUAUCCAUUUGGCCCUCAUACUGUACCUGGCAGUCUUCAUUGUGGGUGGAAUUCCCCCCAGCACCACAACAUAAGCUUGUUCUCUAGCAGAUAAUAGCUACUUGCCAUCUUGCUCUUAACUCACCCCCUCCCUCAAGCUUGACACAUGGCACAUGUAGUAAGCCAACAGCACAUGCUGAGGUGUGUUCAGGGGCAUCAGGUCAUUACAUGAUCUUUCUGGGCAAAGACCCUGCUACCGACUGAAACUGGCUGUGACCCCACACUUGAGAAUCACAAUAUUUUAGAAGGUGUAAAAGUAUAAGCCUCAUAUUUCAGCAAGCAUGUUUAUGUUUAUCUUCCAAAAAGAAAAUACUAGAGAAAGUAUUCACGGAUAUACGUCACAGCAUUCGUGUGUGCAGCCUGAAUAAUGGGAUAGACCAGGAGUCGGCAACCUUUACUACUAUGAAAAGAGCCAUUUUACCCCCUUGCCUACUAAAGAAAAAUAGCCUGGAGCCGCAAAACAGGUUUAAAACAAGGUCUUACAGUAUAAACUCUAAAGAAGACAAUAGAAGAAAUAGUGAAUGUGCAUGUGUAAGGGAUGCCAACCAUCAGUGUUAUCAUGCUAUCAUCUUGGUUAAACCUCACUACCUGACGCCUGAAGAAAUGUGUAGCACGGUCAAUUGACAGCGUGUUUCUUUUAGCUGGCGACCAAUAACUGGGAUGAGAUCACAUGCUGAGCCAAUUAGGAGUCUCGCACCAUUUUGGCCGGCAAAUUUGGAGGGAAUUUUGGGGUAUCAACAUAGUUCAGAUAAGAACAGACAAGUUGAUCGAGUACUCUUGCUAGUAUUGGGAAUAAACUUGCAUAAAUGUAUGUGUAAAUUACUGUAAACUUACCUGAUAUGUUUACUCUGGUUCUAGUUCCCAUGCUGCAAUUUUUUUUUUUUAAUUAUCUCUAAUUUAUUUUUUUAGAAAUGUCAAAUAGCUCUGGGAAAGUAUGACUUUUGUCCUCCAUGUUUACCUGUGUGAGAGAGAACUGAAUACCAUCCUGUCUGCUCAUUAGUCGCUCCAUCCCACUGAUUGGUCCUCGUCUGGGCGAAAGUGAUGAAAAAUUGAAAAUUUUUCAGCUUUGUGGGAUCACGUCAUAAGACAACGUGUGCACGAUACAUGCACAAACAAAAUUCACAGAUUUUGUGUCCCUUGGCGGGAAAGAGACUGGCCCUGUGGCGCAGGUUCAAUUGAAGAUUUGGAAGAGGUGACUUGGCCUAAUGCAUACUGUAUGUGCAGCUCAUCAAUCAAUGGGAUUGUUGGUUGGAGCCCGUUGGGUACAGGUUUCACCUGCAGGGAUGAUCACUUUCAUUUCCACAUCUACUUUGGACUAAAUUAUGACAAAGUGUGGAGUGCAUCUGUUGAAGCGUUUUGUGUUGUUUUUCGCCACAUAUUAAGUAAAUGUAAGCCAGCAUCAUUGGCACAGAAGACAAUGACAUCUGUCCGAGUUGAAUUAAAACCUCUACUUUCUUCUGAGAUGUUUCUGUUUGGGGGGGAUAUAUUGAUUGUUACCACGUUGGGGGGGAAUACGUGUCUGUCACAUCUCAACCAACCCAGGCAGCCAAACACUGGCUUCCCCGCCUUCCUCGUGGUCAUCUAAUCACAAGUCAGACAUCAGCCAGGAUGCGUUCAUGGUCUCACAUAAAGUUGGAUUUUUUUUUAACUCAUAACAAAGACAUGCAUUUUCCCCACUUGGGUGUUUACAGUCAAGCAUGUUGCUGAUCAAGUCAUCGGAUGAUCAAACAACACCUUUGUAAACAUUAAUAUGCAGGAGUACCAAGUACUCUGAUGAGAUACUGUUAUACCACUGAUUCAUUGGUAUCAACAACACAUACUGUAUAUGAGACAGUGGUAUACAGGAUGAGUGAUUCAUUGGUAUCAACUACACAUACUGUAUCAACGUCUGACCUGUGAAGUCUGUGCCUGUGGGGGCUGAAUGACUGACGACUGAGGAGACUGGAUCACUCCUUGAACCUGUAACUGGCCCCCUGGCAGCUGGACGACGGUCACAGGAGAACCACCAAGUGACAUCUAAAAACAAACAAAGCACACACAUAUUUGUGUAUUAUCAUAGUAUUACCAAACAUACUCGUAUCCUCCUAUCACAACAUCCCUCUGAUAGCCGUCUCUGCUAUCAGAGGUCUUUAGCGUGCACAACGCGAACUUUAAUGAUGAAAGAAAUGUAUGUUCAAGAAAGCCGAAUACUGUGUUCAGUGUUUACAUUUCGAUAAAUGUUUGUUUAAACUUGAGACCUGUAAUAUUUGUUAUCAUUGUCAUUUUUUCAUGUAAAUUGAAGGAACAAAAGCAGUAUUGGCAACAAAUAUCAGACCAAGCAAAAUCAGCUGUCCAUAAUCAGCCAUUGGCUAAGGGUGAUGGAAAAAAAUCGGUAUCGGCAUAGGCCUGAAAAAAUCCAUAUCGGUUUAUCCCUAAUAGACAGGUAUUGAUACCAUACAAAGACUUGAGUUGGAAGGUACUGUGUGUAUAAUUGAUGCCGUGUAACUAGAUUAGAGGUAUAUAUAUUUUCUUCCCAUCUACCAUAUGGUUUAUUGAUAACCCACCACAAAAAUGUAGUUGUUUCCAUGCAUUUGGCUCGUUUUCUGGCAAAGUGCACCUGCUAUGAGUGGCGAGGCCAUUGAAGGGAGGCAUUCUUAAGGACUUCAUGGAAAACCCAACUCCCGAAAACCACCAGAAUGGUCCCCAAGAAGGACCCAAGAAUUGAACAUUCAUUUUCAAAUGCUUAUGACACCAAAGCUGGUUGACAAAAACAGGAACAAAACAUUUAUCAUACUGCUGUCAUAAACAAAUCAACAACUAUUAAAUCAAGUCUUGAUUUUGACACAGCCCAGGGCGCCGCCAUCUUGGUUGCGAGGUCAUGACCAGAAACCGUACCAGGAACCAGACUCAAACACAUGCAAAGCCAAGAAAGUACCCUAUAGUUAUGAUGACCUCCUUGCAGAGCUGCUGGAAAUGUCAAUUUCUCUUCAAGGUUAAUCAAAUAUCUACCUAUUUACAACCACAACAUGGAAUGACAUGGAAUGACAUGGAAUGACAACCCAUGCUGCUGGUUCCUAGAAUAGAUUUGCCACAUCUGAUUUACUUACUGAAAGUGACAGAUGACUGCAAGGUAGGCUAGAAAGACGAGUGACAGCCAUCCACGCUUGGCCAACAAGUCAGGUCGAGAACCCUUAUGGGUGACACUGUGUACAAAGAAACACGGCCAUGAACACAUUUAUUCAUUCACAACACAAAUAACACUAAUACUGUGUUGUGAUCAAUAUAAUAUCUUUUACUAGUAGUGAGAGCCACUGGCGAUAUGACAUGAGUUUUUUUUGUUGUUUUGUUUUAGUAUGGUUUUGUUAUCUCCACUGCUCUACUUAUUUGGUUGUUCUUAUUGUGAUAUUGUGACAUUUGCUUUUACCUUUUACUCUUCUAUUGUCACUGUUAUUAUUAUUAUUAUUAUUAUGACUUCUAUG